AUGGCACUACGAGACACAGAGGUAAACUCCCGGGAAAAGACAGAAUGUGCAUUUGCUGUUGGACAAACUGUGUCCCCCACAGGCAGAGUUCUGACUGAAGAGGAGGUAAAAGCUCUGCACAACGAUAAGAUUUUGGUGUCAGACUUUAAACAGAUGAAGCUGGAGAAAGAAGCACAGAAAAACUGGGACUUAUUCUACAAGAGAAACACUACACAUUUCUUUAAAGACAGACACUGGACAACAAGGGAAUUUGAAGAGCUCAAAGCAUGCAGACAGUUUGAGACGCAGAAACUGGUGCUCCUUGAAGCCGGCUGUGGUGUUGGGAACUGCAUAUUUCCUCUUCUGGAAGAGGACCUCAAUGUAUUUUUUUACGCUUGUGACUUUUCUCCAAGAGCAGUGGAGUUUGUCAAACGAAACCCUCUGUACGACCCGGAGCGCUGCUGUGCGUUCCAGUGCGACCUCACGUCAGACGACCUCCGUGGACACGUGUCUGAGGACAGCGUGGACGUGGUCACACUCAUCUUUGUCCUCUCGGCCGUUCACCCCGACAAGAUGAAGCUGGCUCUGGAGAACAUCAGGAGGGUCCUCAAACCCGGAGGAAUCGUCCUGUUUCGAGAUUACGGUUUGAACGACCACGCCAUGCUCCGCUUCAAAGCCGGGAACAAACUCGGGGAUCACUUCUACGUCCGUCAAGAUGGAACCAGGUCCUACUUCUUCUCCAAAGAAUUCCUGGCCGAGCUGUUUGAGAGUGCGGGUUUCCAGUCCGUCACUAACGACUACGUCCUGAGGGAGACCGUCAACAAGAAGGAGGGACUGUGUGUGCCCCGAGUCUUUCUGCAAAGCAAGUUCUCCAAGACCAGUCAAAGUUCAUGA